AUGGCGAGUUGCUCCUUCGCUCGCGACCAAGCGACAAGGAGACUGAGAGGUGCAGCAGCGGCAGCAGCAGCGGCUCUACCAGCGGUGCCGACCACCCCGAUUCUUUCUUCGGGAACCCCAACCGCACUCAUUGGGACCGGGUCGUCUUGUCCGGGAGCCAUGUGGCUCUCCACGGCCACUGGCUCCCGGUCAGACUCUGAGUCCGAAGAGGAGGACCUCCCCGUCGGGGCCGAAGUCUGCAAACGCGGCUACCUGCGGAAGCAGAAGCAUGGGCACAGGCGCUACUUCGUGCUCAAACUCGAGACCGCCGACGCCCCAGCUCGGCUGGAAUACUACGAAAAUGCCAGGAAGUUCCGCCACAGUGUCCGCGCAGCGGCGGCUGCAGCUGCGGCGGCCGCCUCUGGCGCCGCGGUCCCCGCGCUGAUUCCACCGCGGCGCGUGAUCACCCUGUACCAGUGCUUCUCCGUGAGCCAGCGAGCAGAUGCAAGGUACCGGUACCUCAUUGCCCUUUUUACCCAGGACGAGUACUUCGCAAUGGUGGCCGAGAACGAGUCGGAGCAGGAAAGCUGGUACUUGCUGCUCAGCCGCCUCAUCCUCGAGAGCAAACGCCGCCGCUGCGGCACGCUGGGCGCGCAGCCGGACGGAGAUCCGGCCGCGCUGGCGGCGGCAGCGGCGGCGGAGCCACCCUUCUAUAAAGAUGUGUGGCAGGUAAUAGUCAAACCCAGGGGGCUGGGGCACAGAAAAGAGCUGAGCGGCGUGUUCCGGCUGUGUCUAACCGACGAGGAGGUCGUGUUUGUGAGGCUGAACACCGAAGUGGCCAGUGUAGUCGUCCAGCUCCUGAGCAUCCGUCGCUGCGGGCACUCAGACCAGUAUUUCUUUUUGGAAGUCGGCAGGUCCACCGUUAUCGGUCCAGGGGAGCUCUGGAUGCAGGUCGAUGACUGUGUGGUGGCCCAAAACAUGCACGAGCUGUUUUUGGAGAAGAUGAGAGCCUUGUGUGCAGACGAGUACCGAGCUCGCUGCCGCAGCUACAGCAUCAGCAUCGGCGCCCACCUGUUAACCCUGCUCUCCACUAGGAGGCACCUGGGCUUGCUGCCGCUCGAGCCUGGCGGCUGGCUCAGAAGGUCCCGCUUUGAGCAGUUUUACCACUUCAGAGCCCUCGGUGAUGGGGAAGACGAGAUGUUCUUCUCCAGACGCUUCGUAACACCCGGCGAGCCUGUGCCUCACUCCAGGCGAGGAAGACCGCACCUGCCCAGAGUGCGCAGGUUCAGGAGAGCGAUUUCAGUGCCAGCCAGCAUUUUUCGCUGCUUAUCACCCAGCCCGGUACAUGCCCCAAACCCUGCAGAAGCCCCCAACGACGGAGCUGGCCAGUCUUCUGAAGCAUCUGGCUCUGGCAACUCUGGGGAGGAAGGCAAUCCUCAGGGAAGAGAGGAUCAGGAAGGAAGCGGAGGUGACUACAUGCCCAUGAACAAUUGGGGCUCCGGCAAUGGCCGGGGCUCAGGAGGUGGCCAGGGCUCAAGUGGCCAAGGCUCCAGUAGCCAGAGCUCCAGAGGAAACCAAUGCUCAGGGGACGGACAGGGAUCCAGAGGUGGCCAGGGCUCAAGAGGCCAGGGUGCAGAAGGAAACCAGCGCUCAGGAAAUGGCCAGGGCACUGCAGGUGGCUCAGGUGGUGGCCAGGGAGCUGGAGGUGGGCACGGCUCAGGCAGUGGCCGAGGACCUGGAGAUGGACAUGGCUCAGGCAGUGGCAAGAACUCUGGCCGGGGCAAGGGCUCAGGAAGUGGGAAAGGCGCGGAAGGUGAUGGUGAACGUGGAAAAUCUCUGAAAAAAAGAUUCUACUUUGGCAAAUUAACUCAAAGCAAGCAACAGCAAAUGUCAGGACCUCCACCACCGCCACCCCCACCCCCGCCAGCUGGAGCAACUGGUGGAAAAGGGAAGUCUGGAGGAAGAUUCCGACUUUAUUUUUGUGCCAACAGAGGAGCCACAAAAGAACGAAAAGAAGCCAAAGAAGUGAAACACGCAGAGAUCCCAGAGGGUGCAGCUCGGGUGCCCUACAGAGCCAGAGCUUUUGAUGAAGAUGAAGAUGACCCAUAUGUGCCAAUGAGGCCAGGGGUGGCUGCCUCUCUUGGAAGCUCCAGUGAUUAUAUGCCAAUGGCUCCUCAAAAUGUCUCUGCUUCAAAACGCCAUUCUCGAUCACCUUUGGAAGAUUCGAGAGGGUACAUGAUGAUGUUUCCCAGAAUGAGCCUACCACCUGUUCCAAGUCCUCCAAAAACACCUGAACCUACUAAAGAGGAUGACUCAAAGGACAAUGACAGUGACAGUGACUAUAUGUUUAUGGCUCCUGGAGCAGGUGCAAUUCCAAAAAACCCCAAGAAUCCUGAGGGGGACUCUUCCUCCAAAAGUUGGAGCUCCUACUUCUCUCUGCCAAAUCCUUUUCGGAGCUCCCCUUUGGGACAGAGUGACCACAGUGAGUACGUACCAAUGUUACCUGGAAAGUUUCUGGGGAGGGGCCUAGAUAAAGAAGCCUCAUCUAACUGGGACCCCAAACAUGCAGCUUCAGAGCCGUCACCGUCAGUUGAGGGGUUAUUCUCAAAGCCUGGAGAUAGGGGAGCACCUUCAAAGCCUUUGGAUGAUGGGCCCCCACAGAAUAAGGCUAAGAGACCUAACCGACUGUCUUUUAUUACAAAAGGAAAUAAAAUCAAGCCAAAACCAGAAAAGCCCACACAUGAGCAGAGAGAAGCUGACGGCUCUAAUGACUACGUCAACAUUGACUUCACUAAAAGAGAUAGCAAUAGGCCAGUUCCCUUUAUUCAAGGACUGCCAGAUCCGUGGGGCAUAAUUGCUGACCCCAGACAGUCAACCUUUUCUAAUUACGUGAAUGUUGAGUUCGGAGUGCCAUUUCUAAAUUCAGCAAAUGACCUCUUAUAUCUUUUAAGAGGUGCCGGCCCUCUAUUUCUGGACGGCGCUAGGUGGCCACUUCGUCUUCUUCCCUGCCGUGCUACAGGUAGCAAUGCUAAUGGGGAAGAGGGUAACUACGUUGAAAUAAUUUUCAACCCAGCAAUGACACCAGCCUUGUCUUUUGCUGACGGUGCCAUUUGCUAUGAUGCUGAAACUGGGCGAAUCUACGUGGUCGACCCAUUUUCUGAGUGCUGUAUGGACAUUUCUCUGUCCCCCAGCCGAUGCUCUCUGCCACCACCUGUAGCUAGGCUGCUGCAGGAGGAAGAGCAAGAGCGAAGACGCCCACAGAGCCGUUCGCAAAGUUUCUUUGCAGCCGCCAGAGCCGCUGUCUCCGCUUUUCCUACUGACAGCCUCGAGGGAGAACUCUCCGCUUCCUCGGCCUCGGCUUCGGCUUUCGCUGCAGCGCCGACCGUAGCCGUGGGCCGGGCUUUAGCCGCGGCCUCCGCGCUCGCCGCGGCCCCGGGCAUCGGCUCAGCAGCUGCCGGCUGGGAGGCCGCGGCAGGACGUGACUCCGCCUCCGCCCGCUGGUUUCAACCUGUUGCUAAUGCUGCUGAUGCCGGAGCAGUGAGGGGGUCCCAGAAUAGCGCCUUUGUCUGGAACCUGGGAGCCCCAAACGCACCCGCAGACCUUGUCAGAGGUGAAAACGGGGCGGGCGGGGCUCUCGCUGCCGCUGCCGCCGCUGCCGCCGCCGCUGCUGCUCCCCCCCCACCACCUCGCGUUCCCCGGGUGCCAAGACCCCCGGAGAGAGGAGAUUCUGAUGACGACGACGACGACACUUACGUGAGAAUGGACUUCGCCAGACCUGACGACAAAUUCGACUCUCCCAAAAGAGAGUGAUUACAUUGCUAUGAAAA